UGCUGUUUGUUGCGCCCCAGCGGUUGCCUCAACAGUUUUUGGCCCAAAACGCGGUACGUGAGUGUGCAAGCAAACAAACAAACAAAAAAGUGGAGAAACAUAAUCGUCGCGUCGCGUAUUUCGAACGUCGAAAAUCGUAACCCGAUUUGUUUUUGUGGUAUAUUUUUUUGUCGUUCUGCCAACACAACAACAAACAACUUACAACACAAAAAUAUUCAUAAUUAUUGAAAAUACCAAAAAGGAAAAAAGAAAAUAAUAAAUUGUGCAAAGUUCUGUUUAUCAAACAACAACAACAACAACAACAACAACAACAAAGAGAAAGUAAAUGCCGGCACAACAGUGCGUAUGAUGAAUAUGCGUAAUGUAACCACAACUGCAGCAACAACAACAACAACGAGAGCAAAUAUCGAAAUAAAUUUCAACAUAAAUCGAUGUAGCCAAGUGUGAAAAUUUAUAUUAACGCUUUACAGUUCCGCUGCAAACAUAAAAACCGGAAAUAGCCAACAAUUGCAAUCAGCUGCAGCUACGAAAUAAACGACACACACGAGCCAAACUUUUCAAAAUUGUUUUGCCAACAAGCAGCAGCAGCAGCAGCAGGAGUAGCAAAAGCAGAAGCAGCAGUAGCUAUAAAUCUUAGCAUACCGCAGGGCGCACAGCAACUUUUGUGGCGCUUACGCUCUACGUAGUUCAAGUCUCGUCGAAUGCCACAAUGUGGCUUGAGCAAUUUGUGCAGCACCAACAACAACAACAACAACAACUACGAAAACAACAACUAGAACGAGAACGUUAACUGAAACUGCAACUGCAACUGAGAGCAACUGUAUCAAGAGUGAGCGCACAAAACACUUGAGUAGAUCAUCGUGAAGGCAGCGUACAAAUUGUAUUCUCGCUUUAGGUGCUUAAAUAAAACAGAACCACCAAUGCAAGAUGAAUUCGGAGCACACAAUGCAGAUGCCAUCUGGGCCGCCGCCACCCUCGCAGAGAAGUACAUGCGGCGAGUUCAGCGGGGAGAGGGAGAGCUACGGGGCAGCGGGGAGUCUGGGAUAUGGCAGCAUCCCGACGUCGUCCGGCAGCAGUUACGCUUCUUUUGGCGUACUAUCCAGCAUAUCCAGCGGUCCAGGCGGGGUCCAGGGGGGGACGGUGCCAGGGACAGGGACAUCAGCGCUGCCAUUGCUUAUGCCCGCGCCUCCUUCGACCAGCACAUUCAAGACGACAACGAUUACGAUGCCCGCAUCGAUGCCGAUUCCGAUGACGAUGCCGAUGCCAAUGCCGGUGCCGAUGCCAACAUCGGCGCCUUCCCCCCCGCACAUAUCGAUGCCGAUGUCGCUGUCGAUGCCAAUGCCAAUGUCGAUGCCGCUGCCAACAAUCACAAUGCCACCGACGGCGGGAUCAGCGGCGAUGACGACGACACCGACGACGCUGCCGACGCAGCUGCUGCCGAUGCCCACGCUGGAGGACAUUGAAGUGGCCACCCAGCAGCAACCACAGUCGCAAUCGCAAUCGCAGCAACCACCACCACCACCACAGCAGCAGCAACAACAACAACAACCGCCGCCAGCCGGUAUACUGAAGUAUCCAACAGGAACAGCGACUGUGGGCUAUGUGAGCGAACUGCUGCCACCGCCUGUGGUGGUGGCCACCAGUGCCAGCAGCUCCAUCAGCAGCAAUUGCGGCACACUCAAGAGCAACGCGAAGUUGUUGCCGCUGCAGCUGGUGGCCACAACAGCGGUGCCGCCGCCGCCCCGCAAAGAGCAUCCGCCUCUGCCUCCAACAUCCAGUGGCAGCUCAUCGCAGUCCCAGCAGCAGCGUCAGCGCCAACGUCGCCAUGGCUGGUGCGCCUGCUUCGGCUCCGGGCCGAGUUCGUCAUCGUCAUCGGAGGGCAAGACACCGCCUGGCUAUGCCACCAAGUCCAAGAAACGCAAGCAAACGGCGCAGACUGUCUGGUCGGCGCUCCUCACAAAUCUUGGCAUCUGCAUGCUGCUCUUGGCAUACACAUUGCUCGGCUCCUUCAUAUUCCUAACCAUUGAGAACGAGGACUCGGCAUUGCUGCAUCAACAGCACACGCUGGCAUCCACAAAGCGCAACAGCAAUGGCAUCUAUCAGCAGCAACAAAGGUCGCCGGCACAACAUCAGCAACAGCAGCAGCAGCAGCAGCAACACCAGCACCAACCACAACAUCAUCAACAUGGACAACAACACACAGCAGACAACGAUACGGUGGCCGCUGCUGUUGCUGCCCAGGGUCAGGAUUUGGCACAUGGCAGCAAUGGCCCCAUCUAUGGGCCAUCGAAUGACUUUGUUUAUGGCAUAGAUGAGACAGAUCUUGAGGGAGCAGGUGGGCAACCGCAGUACGCGCUAUCGCCGGACACUUAUGAUGUACGACAGCGGACAAUUGAGAAUAUCUGGGACAUAACCGUAUCCCUCAAUAUACUCUACAAGGAGAACUGGACAAAAUUAGCCGCUCUUGAAAUUGCCAAGUUUCAAGACCAAUUAAUCAAGAGACUGAACGAGGAUGUUAUGCUGCAAUUAUCACACGACGAUGUCGCUGGCGGCCAUGCCGGACCCAACUCAGCAGCACCAGGCUCAUCAUCAUCAUCCUCAUCGUCGUCGUCGUCGUCGUCGUCGGGUAACAAUCCAGCCACGGAAGCUGUGCUGCUGCACACAAACUAUCAUCAUCAUCGCCUGGCCGGAGGCGGAGUGGGAGGCCCGCCACAUGAGUGGAAUUUCGCUAAAGCGUUUUUGUAUUCGCUGACCGUUUUGACCACAAUUGGUUACGGGAACAUUGCACCUCGCACAGCCCUUGGUCGGAUUGUGACAGUUGCGUACGCAUUCUUCGGAAUUCCGCUGACGCUCGUCUAUCUGAGCAGCACCGGGAGCAUCCUGGCGCGGGUGGCACGCGAGGUCUUCUCCAAGGCGCUGUGCUGCUGCCUGUGCUCGAACUGCGGCUAUUGUUGCUACGACGAGAAGCGCAUGGCGGAGAAGGAGCGACGCAUGAAGCGCAAGCGACAGCAGGAGGAGCUCCGCAAGCAGCAGGCGGUGAUGCAGGAGCCAUACUACGUUCGGGAUGUUUACCAUGCCACGCCCGAGAAGCAACCGGGUGGCGGCGGCGGUGGUGGGACGUCGGUGGGUGUGCCGGGAGGGGGCAGCAAUGCAACGCCCACGGGCAUGGGAAUGCCGUCGGGUCCGCCGCCAGGUGGCGCUUCGGGCGCUGACAUUGAUUCGUUGAGUGCGAGCGAAUCGCGAGGUUCGAUGCAUGGCCUCAGUAUUUUGGCACCGAUUUUGCUCUGCUUCUCCAUGAUGAUCAUCUACAUUGUGUUUGGCGCCGCGGUUCUGUAUCGCUUGGAGAAUUGGCCGAUCAUCGAUGGGAUCUACUUUUGCUUCAUGAGCCUGUCGACGAUUGGCUUCGGCGACAUGUUGCCGGGACUGCGACGUGAAUCGAAUGCCACCACCUGGUUUUGCUCCGUUUACAUCAUGUCGGGCAUGACGCUGACGGCCAUGUGCUUCAAUGUCAUCCACGAGGAGAUCGUGCAUCGCAUUCGCAUUGUUGUCGAGUUCAAGAAGACGGGCGCAGCGAAUGGCAGCGGCGGUGCUUCGGGUUCCAUGAUGGAUCUGGCGCACGAGGAGGGCAAUCAGUAUUAUGUGCCCGCCUCUUGACACUAUGAGAAGCGUGGACAUCUCUAUCAGCGCAAUCCCACCGAAGAGACACUGGUGACAGAUACGCCCACUUCGCUGGUGCUGAAGGAUUAUGUAAACCAUGAGCUGGUGCCCAUACUAACCAUGGAUCCGAAUGCACGUCUAGCUCCCGUCUACACGCCCGCAGCGACAGCAAAUCCCGCAGAUUCGCAGC